AGCGGGGACACAGGGGCGCUUUUGGCCGAGGACUAGGACAGGAAGAAGCGAAACAGAGUGUUUCUGUGACUUUUAAUCAAAAACCUGAGCGGAAAUUGAACUUUCAGGAGGGGGAGACAACACCACACACUCCAUCAUGGCGGCUGCCACCGGGCCUGUACUGGGUGCCACCGGUCCCACGCUGAACCACGAUGACUUCUGCCUCUACGGCUACAUGUCUGACGAGGAACUCAUACAGCUGGCCAUCGAGCGCAGUCUCACCGAGACCCACAACAACCCCACACCACCUUCAGCUGAAAACACAAAGAGCUCCGUUCCUCAGCACAGACCCGAGAUUCCCCGGCCGAGUCAGCGUCAGAUACCACGAUCUGAUCCGCCCCCCUGUCCAGCAAACCCACCCAGGAAUCAAAAUGACCAGCAGCCUGUAACAGUGAGUCACUUCACCACAGGGAGCGGGAAGCGAAUGGUGGCGUACCGGAGAUCUGACGGAACUCUGAUGGAAGUCAAACCCGAGGCGGAAGAAAAAGUGGAUCCUGUGGUGAGAGCGAUCAGGAAUGGAGAGGUUGGAACGUUGAGAGGACUGAUCAAAAUGCCUGACUGCAACCUUCUGAUGCCAAACGAAUACGGCUGGAUUCCACUCCACGAGGCUGCACACUACGGCCAAGAUCACUGUGUUAAAGCGCUCCUCAGAGUCCAACCUGGGAUGAUUAACCAGCGCACGCCAAAGGAUCAGACGGCUCUCCUGCUGGCCGUGUCCCGAGGGCACGCGGAGUGUGUGGCGUUUCUGCUGGAUAAAGGGGCAGACCCUGACAUCGCCAACAAGGACAAGGAGACGCCUCUGUAUAAAGCGUGUGAGAAGGAAAACCCAGAGAUCGUGGCCAUGCUGCUGAAUCGCGGCGCGACGGUGAACAAGAGCUGUAUCCAGGGCUGGACGGCGCUCCACGAGGCCGUGUGCAGGAACAACGUGGAGAUCUGCGAGAUGUUAGUGAAGGCAGGGGCGAAAAUAAGCACGGCCAACAUUUACGGCAUCACCCCCAUCUUCGUGGCAGCUCAGAGCGGGAACCUGGAUACGCUCCGGUUCCUCCUGAAGAACGGUGCUGAUAUCAACAGUCAGGCAGCAGAUGGAGCCACGGCGCUUUAUGAAGCCUGUAAGAAUGGUCAUGUAGAGAUCGUGGAGUUCCUGCUGUCUCAAAAAGCCGACGCCAACAAACCGGGCAAAACCGGACUGCUGCCCAUUCACAUAGCAGCUCAGAGGGGACAUGAACGCUCGGACCUCUUCGCUUUCGGGUCAGCACACAGUACUGACAGGGCGCUUCAAAUCGUGGCGAUGCUCAUCCCUGCCACCAGUAAGGCCCGGGUGAGGCGCACCGGUAUCAGUCCCCUGCAUCUCGCUGCCGAGCGCAACCGAGACGAGAUCCUCGAGCUGCUCAUCGAGUCCGGCUUCGACGUCAACGCCAUGCUGUCUGAAGACCGCAGCACCAUGUACGAAGACCGGCGUAGCACCGCCCUCUACUUCUCCGUAAUCAAUAACAACAUCGAAGCCACCAGCAUGCUCCUAGAGGCCGGUGCCGAUCCCAACCUGGACGUGUUCAGCCCUUUGCUCGUGGCCCUCAGGCAAGGCUGUAUGAGUACGGUGAAAUUACUGGUGGAACACGGCGCUAACGUCAAUGCCUACAUCCCCACGCACCCCACCACUUUCCCCGCUACCGUCAUGUUCUGCAUGAAGUACCUCCCCAUGCUCAAGUACCUGAUGGACAAUGGCUGUGACGCGCUGUCAUGUUUUAACUGCGUCUACGGCAGUGACCCUCACCCACCGCUGAAAAUGAGGAGCAGUAGAACAAGCUACAGAGAUGAGGAACCUACAUCUCACAACACCUGUGUACAGUUUUGUGAAAUAGUCUCCACGGACACGUACAGCCCCUGGGCAGGACCCAUCAUCGAUGUGCUGCUGGAUUACGUAGGGCAUGUGAUGCUCUGUUCCCGACUCAUCGAACACUUGGACAGUUACUCGGAAUGGGCCGGAAUCAAGGAGAAAUCAACUCCUCCUCGGCCGCUGCUGCAGCUCUGCAGGCUGAAGAUCCGGCAGCUGAUUGGAAUCCACAGACUGAGAAAAAUCAAAAAGUUGCCUCUUCCUGGACGACUGAUCAAGUUCCUGAAUCACCAGGAGCGUACACAAGAUUUCUAAACCUCGCUGAGUGUGAAAGAAAACACAGAUAAAUGAAAUAUCGAAUACGGAUGAACAUGUUGACCCUGUACAGCACUCUGUGGAGGUCUUGUUAUGUUACAGUAUGUCUAUGGGAACGUCUGUAAGAAGAAGAUUAAAAAAUAAACUACAGAGAUGAAAAGUGUCUUAAUGACUGUAAAACUGAAUGGACCAUGAGUGAGAUCUUUCACAUUUAAAGCUGUAUGGGGUUUUUUCAGUUCGCAGUUUGUCAAUUAUUAUUCUUCUACUUCUACUCUUAUUAUUAUUAUUAUUAUUAUUUUUAUUUUUUUUUAUUGUUAUUAUUAUUUCCUGCAUCUUAAACAAGUUCUUAGUUUCCGUUUCUGUGCCUGAAGAGCGUAACAGAAGAGCUCCUGCUACAUGUUUGUCCAAUAACAACAUAAAACCUACGUACUUAGAGACCUACAUUUAAUGUGACGGACAAAACGAAAAAAACUAAAAUAUCAGAAAUGUAAAAACAAAACAAAAAAACGAACACCCCAUGUGCACAGCAUAAGAGCGACGUCUGUGUUUUCUAUAAUCUGUCAUGUGUCAGUGUGAUGCUGUCAAUCUUCUACAUGCGUAUAUAUUUUCUUUAUAAUUUCUUUAAUAUAAUAGAAUAGAAUAUAGAAUAGAAUAUAAUUCUUUAAGUAAGUGUUGAUUUAAAUGGAUGCAGUACUGGACUGAAUUGCAAUUGCACUUAACUGUAGAUAAUUAAACACUAACAUUUACACUAGAAAUAAUACAAUUGUAAAAAAGGUUAAAUGUAGGACUAUUAGAUGUUUUUUUUUAGAAAUGGAUUUAAUAAUCUCUUUUUGUGAUGUUUAAUGAAGCACUCUUAUGAUUUGGUUUAACAGUGUGGAAGUGAAGCGGUUUGCAAAACUCUGGCCAAAUACUGCUUUAUGACGUAACAUGUGAUUAAUAUGAAAAUAUUCUUUUUCCAUUUUAUUG